AUGGCUCCUUCCUCGACGCUGCCCGACCAUGCCUACGAUACUCUGAAGUUCUCGCCCCGGUCACCUAUACACGAGGAGGAUGAGGACUGGGACAAGACCGUGACAUCUGGUGCGCUGGAUCCUCAGAGAGCACAAUACAUAGCCCAUUCUCGCGAGUCGUCCCUGGAAAAGCUGCAGGCUGGCGCGCAACCCGCCAGCUCCCCGUCGCAGUCGCAGUCCCACCACCAGCAACAACACCAGCAACCGUCCUCUCAACAACACUCCCCCUCCUCUGCGCCGCGCAACCAGCCACCCGCCUCUCGCUCGGCCCUCGGCGGCGCGUUCGACCGAAUUAUUGAUCCGAGGGGUACAUAUGGACAUCACCGACAGACCUCUAUUGUGCACGGAAUACAACACUCGAGGAGUGGGAGUCGUGCCAGCUCUUCUUCUAGCCCACUGAGCCCCCAGAUAAUAGCUGCCGCCGGCACUGGGCUCACACCGGAACGAGCUGAGAUGCACCCUUAUGGAGACGUAGCCCUCGCUUCACGCCCGUCUACUGCCAUGUCAGGCGCAUCAUUGACUCCUGGGCCUCAAAUACCAGAGCGGACUUCGUCGGCGACAGAUACAAGUGUCAACGCCUUCACGCAGAGGAAGUUGGAAAGAAUGCAUAGCGGGAAGGGCAAGCGCGACCACGCGCAUCACCAUUCGCACUCGAGACACCACAGAGAUGAGCAGAAGACUGUGGGGGAGUAUGCCCUCCACGUUUUGUUUACCUCGUUCAUCGGCCAAGCCGAGGAGAAACUGAAUGAAUCUAUAACGGUGCCUUUCGAGCCAGAGCCUCAAAUCGAGCAAAUUUGCGGCCCCGGCGUGGAUCCCGCUUUCGACCAGAGCAUAGUGGCCCUCGGUCACAUCGCUAGUCCGAAACCGAAGGCGCUCAUCGAUUCCAUGAUGCUGUGGAGAAAAAGCAAAAGCGAUGCCGCUAACGAAGCACGCUCGGCGUAUAAGGGGCAGACCCUUUCCGGUCCUCUGCAGAGGAGGAACACGGAGCCAGUGCAGCCCAACGGAAAUGGCAUCGGGGAUGCUCUGCAGCAAAAUGGCCAGUCAUCCGUCACAUCGAAGCAGGAAUUCGUAGCCCAAGCCGAACGUCGGUCCCUGGUUUCCAUAUAUAUUCUGUGUCGAGUACUGCUCGAGGUAAUCGGCCAAAGCACUCUCUCAUCCAUCACACCUGAAAUGGAGGAUAAGCUAGAGGGUAUCAUCUUCAGCCAACUGAAGAUCGCCGACACAGAGCAGCUGAUGUUUUCGCCACUCAAACUCGCAAACUGGAAUCUCUUCGCGCAACUUCUCGGGGUCAUGAGCGAUAUCAAUUUCACAGGCGUCACGGAGCGCUUCAUUGCCGAUCUGGACCGCUCACUCCAGGAGCAUGGGGUUCUCAAGAGUCCCAUGUCUGCAAGUCGAGAUGCCACAGAGGGGAAGAUCGAGCUGGUCCUCGGCGGAAUGAAACAUCUGAGGCUGAAGGUCAACAGCCCUGGUGCCUGGGACCAGACUUGCAAUUUCAUGAUCGCACUCGGCAGGCUUUUCGGGCGGUCACAUGGUCAAAAGGUCAAGUCUGCGUUUUGUCAAAUGCUGGAGAUGCUGCUACUUCCCAUCGCUGCGAAAGCCGAAAACAGCGACUUCAGCCAUUCAAAGUGGGCCGAAGUCCUUGCCAACAUCAGCCCGCGGCUUGGGCAAAUAUUUGUCAAGCCACGCCACUGGACAUUUGCGUUUCCCUUGACGGCUACUAUGCUCUGCGUGUCGCCUCCCGAGACCUUCUCUUCACAGUGGCUUCAGCUCGUACUAUCACUGCAGACAAAGCUCAAGGACCGCUAUACCAGGCCCGUAUGCCUGCAGGUUUUGUCACGACUUGUGUGGACAUACCUGAUGCGGACUACUGACACUGCAACUGGUACAAUCAGGAAGCUCGAUGAAGUUCUUAAGCUAGUCUUGCCCCCGGGAAGACGCCCCGUGCUUGCCAGUGACACUUCUGUUGCAGACCCCCUCACACAGAUCAUCCGAAUAAUCGGGUUCAAGCAGCCAGAAUACUGCUUCAAAAACUUCAUCUUUCCUCUUGUCAACGCUGAACAGUUCAAUUCCAACAAGGACCUGAAGAUCGAGAACCUCGAUCCGGACAAAAUCGUCAUUGGUAUAAGGUCCUUUCUGGUUAUCGUCUCGGAUCUGGAAAGGGGGGAGGAAGGCCGUCCGCCGUUUCCUCAGUACUAUCCUGCCCCGACUCCGCCACCAGAUCGCUUGCCCACGUCACCGAUCAUUGCGUCCCCAAGGGAUGAUUCUCUGCCAAGCCCGUCUGCGGUAUCUCCUGGCGGAGAAGCCCAGACAAGCCCGGUUUUGAGUCACCUACUGAAUGACGCGGUGCGAGAAUAUUAUGUCAAGUUCUGUGAGAUCCUGGGCAAAAUCACGAUGAUCUGCGACAACACAUUUGGAGGCCAGGCUGCGUUGGAGGAGAAGUUCAGCAGUCCUGGGCCAAAGACCCCAAUCUCAGAGACUUUCAACUUCCGCCGCGAUGAUCACCAGAGCCCUCAGGACCAGAAGCAGGCCUUUUACGAACUUCUUCAUGUCGCCGUACAAGCCCUUCCGCGCUGCCUGUCUGCAGACAUCCCUUUCAACUCACUUAUCAACCUACUCUGUACAGGGACGGCCCAUCUGCAGUACAGCAUCGCCGAUUCAUCGGCCCAGUCUCUGAAGGCUAUCGCACGACAGUCUUAUGCACAACCCGUGGCGACUGGGUUUUCCCGUUUCAUCUUCAACUUUGAUGACAGGUACUCAACCAUGUCGGACGGUGGAAUGCUCGGCCCCGGUCAUGUCGAGAACACCUUGAGGCUCUAUGUUGAGCUACUUCAGAUCUGGAUCGAAGAAAUUAAGCAGAAACAGAGGCACGCUGUCGCAGAAGCCGGUGAAAACAGUGCUGCUGACAAACGAGGCAUGCAGCUGGACAUAUCCAGUAUCUGGGCCGAAGUUGAUCAGAUCGAAGCGCACGGCUUGUUCUUUCUCUGCUCACAGUCUCGCACUGUACGCUCCUUCGCCAUUACGGUCCUACGGCUAAUCACUGAAUUUGAUACGGCACUUGGCAAGUCGACGAGCCCGGAGAAGGACACUUUGAGACUGAUCGACAUUCUCGAAAAUGACUCCGUGCAAGUUAUGAACUUCAAGGAUGACCAAUUGUCGGUUGCCGAACGAAGCCGUAUGCAGAGAGGGAUGCAAGACAACAACCAGAGUGCCCUUGUCGAGCUCUGUACAAGCGAUGUUUCCUACGAUACGACACUCUGGUUUAAACUGUUUCCGAAUCUGAUCCGGAUCGCGUACGAGAAAUGCCCUUUUACUGUCACAAUCGGGCGCGAUCUCAUCUGCAAUCGCAUCCUCCAGAUGUACAAAACAAUCACGCUCCUGUCUGAGCCCUCUCGGGGCCUUUACUAUGGUUCGGACCCAGGAAGUGCUCGUUUUGUCGGGCGCACACCCACAGUGCAACCAGAUGUCUUGAUCGAGCAAUGGAAACUGUUUCUAGUUUUCGCCUGUACGACGCUGGCGGACCCCGGGAACCCGCAGUCUAAUCCACUGCACGGGAACCAGCACCUGCGCAAGGGAUCUUUGGCUUCGUCGACUGAUAAGAUUGUGUCGGCGAGGACACUCUUCAAAUAUCUCAACCCACUCCUCUCUGUCUCGUCUGCAUCUGUUCGGGAGGCUGUAGUCACUGCGAUGGGUUCUAUCAACAUCUACAUAUAUCGGACUCUUCUUGAAGAACUCCAGGGCUACGCUUCCCGAUGCAAUGACGAGGCAAGAGCACGUAUCCAUCAGCGCACGAACAGCAGUCCCCGCCGGAAUCGUAAGAUGGACUUGUUGAGGACCGAGAUUACCCACGUCUACAAACUCACGUCGCACUUCUUGAAGCAGCCUGAAGUAUAUCAAGAUGAGUGGAUACUCAACAACCUCGUCUCUUACGCAAAAGACCUGAAGUUAUUCCUAAUGGAUGGCGAGGUGCAAAUGGACUGGGAGUUUCAAAAACUGCGGCGACACUAUUGCGGGCUGAUGGAGGAGCUCUUUGAAGGCAUCAAUCGAACGAGUGAUCCAUCAAGAUGGAUGACUUUUGAAGCCCGCAAGUCAGCUUUUGCGUUGAUGGAGGAGUGGUGUGGCUUUUCACCCAACCAAUCUCAGAUCCGUCAAAGAGAAGACACUAUGAGACAGUCAAUGAUCGACCAACAGAACCUUGGUGAAAGGAACACGGCAUCAGCUGCGAUGGAGAUCGAAAAGCGCAACCUGAGGACCUCUGCCCUGAGCGCUAUGGCUGCGCUCUGCGCGGGCCCCAUCAGUGUCACAACUGAAAGCGGCGCGUCCUUGCAGUUUGACGUGCGGCGAAUGCUGGCGUGGUUAGAAACCAUCUUCAGCAAUGGCAAUGACCGGAUGAAAUUGAUCGGCAGACGAGCGCUGAAGAAUCUGAUCGUCUACAACCAGGAGUUUCCUUAUCUUCUGGAGCACUGCAUUUUACGAUGCUAUCUUACCGACAUUCCCAAGGUCCUCGAGAGUUAUUUCACUGUGGUCACUCAAGUUCUUCACGAGUACCCCGACUACCCCUCUCCCUUCUGGAAGCUCCUGGGCCUGUGCCUGUUCACCCUGGGCAAUGACCAGAGUGAUAUCAGAACCCGAUCUGCACAGGUUCUCCAUGCCAUUGAAGAACGUCACCUACAUGCCAAAAUAUCGAAGAUUCAGGAUUUUGACAUCAGCAUCUCCGACAAGACGAAGGCAGUAUAUAAGCUGGCUCAGUACAAGAUUUCUGAGAGGCUGUCCAAGCAACACACAGAUCUAGCUUUCUACAUCUUCUCCGAAUUUACGCUGUACUUCAAGGAUCUGCAGCCAGUCAACCAGAGGAGCGUCAUCGCUGUGAUACUGCCCUGGAUCCAGUCAGUGGAAUUGAAAGUGGAUCCAAACGGCGGACCAACUGGUCAGUCGUACGUUCUGCUGGCGAAUUUGUUGGAGAUCACGAUAAAGUCAAGCGCCGCGCUUCAUAAUGAAGUGCAGGCUCUGUGGCAAGCGCUCGCCACGGGGCCCUACCCUGGUAAUGUGCGGCUUGUGCUCGAUUUCAUCAUGUCGUUGUGCCUCGAGCGGCGAGAGCAGAAUUUCGUCGAAUACGCCAAGCAGAUCGUAGUGUUCCUCGCGAGUACCAACAGCAACCCUGGCCACAAAGUUGUCGAGUUCCUCCUGCUUCAGAUUACCCCGAAAGCAAUGGUACCCAACGAGAAGCGGGAAACGGCGCCACCCCCGUCAGACGUCAACCAUUUCCCUUACUGUGCUGACUUGACUGACGCUCUCCCGGUUGGUACCAAGCAAGCCGGCUUUUCUCUCGGCCAGCUCUCUCUGAUAUUGCUGGUGGACCUCAUGGUGUCCCCCGUCAACCUGCAGAAAGACAGUAUACCGGUACUGUUGCAGGUGGUCACUGUUCUGUGGGACCACUACACGCCUCUGGUUCAAGAGCAAGCCCGGGAGAUGCUCGUGCACCUAAUCCACGAAUUGGUCAUUUCGAAGCUCGACGACGAGUCUCCUGAGGAAUUGAAGAAGCCCAUUGAGGACCUCAUCGAACUGAUUCGGCGGCAUGAUCGCUCCGUUGUUUGGGGCUAUGAGGACAGCAAUGGCAAGGUUAAUGAUCACGACACCAAGGUUCCUCCCAGCAUGGAAUCCCUGACCAAGAGGAUUGUGCAAACGUUUGAGAUCACCUUCCCAGGAAUCAAGGAACAGUGGAGUCGGCUCUCUCUGACAUGGGCCACAACAUGUCCUGUUCGACAUCUGGCCUGCCGUUCCUUCCAGAUCUUCCGUUGCAUCCUGACCUCACUGGACCAGUAUAUGUUGGGCGAUAUGCUUGCCAGGCUGUCAAAUACCGUUGCUGACGAGGAUUCCGAGAUCCAGUCAUUCGCCAUGGAGAUUUUGACGACCCUGAAGACCCUCAUUGCCAAGCUUGAAGCGGAAAAGUUGACCACGUUUCCCCAGCUAUUUUGGACAACCUGUGCAUGCAUGGAGUCUAUCAACGAACGCGAGUUCCUUGAAUCUGUGGAAAUGCUCAAUGAGUUCAUGGACAAGGUUGAGCUUCAACAAGCGAGCGUCCGCCGGCUGCUCAUGGACGGGCAACCGUCAAAAUGGGAGGGAACAUUCGAAGGGCUGCAGCCGCUGCUGUACAAAGGCCUGCGUUCCUCCAUAUGUCUCGAAGCAACCCUCAAAACCAUUAGCAGGGUCGUCACGCUACCAGCUGAUCCGUUGAUCGGAGAUGACAACCGUCUCUUCUUCGCCAUCGUCGCCAAUUUUCCUCGUUUUGUCCAUGCACUGGAGCAAGGAGAGCCGAGCGAUGAUGUUGCACAGACUGCUGAGACCCUUCUACAAGUUGCAGUCACGCAGGGCCUCUCGACCGUGGCCCUGGUUCUCAAUGACUACCUCUCGCCGCACGACGACACGCCCAAAGAUUUCGUGACUCGAAUGUUUGCGGCUUUGAAGGAGUCCUUCCUCCCACGACUGGAUUUCGCGUUGAUCACAACUCUCAUGGGGAUGCUGACGAACAAAUCCGGCUGGGUAAAGACGUGCACUAUGCGCAUUUUGCGGGUGGUCAUUCCCGAGAUCGACCUGAGGAAACCUGAGAUGGCGGGCCAUGGCUCGGAUCUUAUCUCACCCUUGCUGAGGCUACUCCAAACCGAGUUUUGUAUGGAAGCACUUGAUGUCCUGGACAGCAUCAUGACGAUGUCGGGGUCAUCGAUGGACAAACACCAUUUGCGGAUGAGCAUGACGCGUCCCACAUCCAAAGCGGUCCGCAAAGAGUACGAGAGAGCUCAGAGCCUGUUCGGCAUACCGGAAGACUCUGGUUGGGCGAUUCCAGUGCCUGCCAAGAAGACGGAUUCCACGCGUGCGAACAUCCAUGCCUCUUUCUACAUGUGCCAGAGCGUCGAGGGGGAGAUCAUCGAAUCGGCACCGACCCCUGACGUGGAGUUCCAUGCAGACGAGUUCCCAUAUGGGUACUUUCCGAACACCGAUAGGACAGACACGAUGAUGUCGGAUGAAGUCCGUGGAGAAGUUGGUCCUGCAGACCUAGCAUCCAAGCUGGACAGCCUUGAUGACUUCUUCGAUGACUUGUCCACGAGCCCACCGAGCGACGGGCGAUCCUCUCGGACCAUAACAGAGUACACGCCAGACACCUUUUCUGAGUCUGGAGCACAACUAUACGACGAACAGGUUCUGCCCAUCCUGAGCGCGGCCGGGAGCAACACAUCCUUCCAGAAUGGGUUCGCUGAGAGACCUGCGCGUGAUGGCAGCAGCAAGAACUCGAGCGCAUUCGCGACGGCCUAUAGUCGACCAGGUCUACACUCGCGUUCCGUAACCUCGCCAUCGGCGCCGGCGUCCUAUUUGCCGCAUUUUACGUCGGACGAUGAGAUGUACUCCGACAUGGAAGACAACGGUCAAGUUCCGGAACACGACGAAGGGUCGUUCUUUCUCGAAAACAUGGUGAACCGCCCGGCACAGCAGACUCGGUCUCGCUUAGCGGGCAGCCGGUCUCGGGAAAAUCUACCGCAAUGGUCACAUCCCAAUUUCGGCCCUGGGUCGAUGUCUAAUUUGCCACACGCAUUUGUUCAGAACUCGCCCCAGGGUGACAUGCUGUGA